AUAACAGUGAAAUUAAUGCUCGAAAUCAACCGUAUUUAGAUCAUUUCUUAGGUCAUUUUCAUAUUUAUUAAACUGAAACAUCUCGUACACUGAUACAAUAUUGAUUGUCUAUAUUCUGUUCACUUUGGCAAAGGGUCUUAAAGGUCCAGUGUAUGAAAUUUAGCGGCAUCUAGAGGUGAGGUUGCGAAUUGCAACCAAUGGCUCACUCCACCCCUCCCUUUCAAAGCACUACGGUGGCUGACACAGAACUAAGAUGUCGUCACGUUUUCGCUUCUUUGCCGAAGGAGAUAACGUUUUUACGAAACACGCUCUGUAGAGCAGUUUGUCUGUUUAGGGCUACUGUAGAAUGAUGAAUUCCACGGAAGGAGGCCCACGGUAUGUAGAUAGAAAUAGGUCAUUCUAAGGUAAUAAAAACAACACUUCAUUAUGUAAGGUCUUUAUACACCUCUGAAGACAUAGUUAUGUACAUUAUAUUGCAUUUCUGUCAGAUCCUACAAAAAAUGACACACUGGACCUUUAACACUAAGAAUUCAUGGAUUUUCUCUCUUCACAUUUCACCGCAAGAUGAGGUAAAGGGCUGGUCACAUCUUACUGCAGCUGCUUCAUCUGAUGACUGUCACCAUACAGGGAGCAAUGGCGACUGAUUAUACAGUACACACGCUCUUGAAUACCAAAUAACAGCUGAAGGCCUCUCACAGUAUAAUCUGCAAGUCAAUCACAGAACACCAACAAUGCACUAUUAAAGGGAUCCAUGACUGAAAUAGCUGCAAUAUUUCUCCUCAAAUGGGAAAUGGACAGUUUGCUCCCUGCAGAACAAUAAAUCAUUUAUAGACCAAUGUAGUGUGACUGAUGUGGGCACAGUUACUGGAAGUGAAAAUGAGUGAUCAAGAACCGAUUCUGAGAACGUGAGCGUCUGUGCAUGAGAGAAAAAUAGGAAGAGAGUAAAUGAGAGAGAAAGAGCUUUGUGUAUAUCAGGUUGCUACUCGCAGACCUUUGUCAGGCAAAUCCAUGAAUGAUUUAGCACAAAUUCAUCCACCGAGUCAUCUCAGCUAUGGGUGAUAAGAUGAAAAAUUGCUUUACGACGUCGUGGCCUUUGUACUAAAAAAACUGAAAUAUAUGAAGCCACUUGAGGACUUGAGAUUCUGCAGUUAACAGGAAUCAAUGAAGGAUAAUGUGUAACAUUUAUUUUACAUUCUCUGCUGAUGGGUGGACAACAUUAUAUCUGUUAUGUAAUAGUUCUGAUUAUGUCACAACAUGCUUUUUUGCUAGCUUGUGACAAAAUAUAUAUGGGCUUUGACUUGUAGCUCCGUUGGUAUGGCAUUGAAUUAGCAAUGCAGUGGUUUGAUACUAGGGAACAGAAACUGAAAAAGGUUGAAAGCACUGUACGUUGUAGAGCAGAAUUUAUAAAACCUGUUUUACAAAGUUUAGCUAAAGAAUUUAUCACAGCUGCUGCUGUGUUUGGUUCUCAAAGGUUGACCUGCAGAGGACCUUCACAUUCCGCAACUCCAAGCAGACGUACAAUGGAAUCCCAAUCAUCGCUGCUAACAUGGACACCACUGGCACAUUCGAGAUGGCACAGGUGCUGAGCAAGCACACCCUCUUUACAGCCAUCCAGAAGCAUUACUCCCUGGAGGAGUGGAAGACCUUUGCUACCAGCCAUCCAGAGUGCCUAGAGCAUGUUGCUGCCAGCUCAGGCAGCGGAGCAGCAGACCUGGAGAAGCUGUCCAGCAUCCUGGAAGCCAUUCCUCUCAUCAAGUACAUCUGCCUGGACGUGGCCAACGGCUACUCAGAACACUUUGUGGAGUUUGUAAAAAAAGUUCAUGAGAAGUUCCCAAACCAUACUAUUAUGGCAGGAAAUGUGGUGACAGGUGAGAUGGUGGAGGAGCUCAUUCUGUCUGGUGCUGACAUCAUUAAAGUGGGCAUUGGGCCAGGUUCAGUGUGCACUACACGCAUUAAGACCGGUGUGGGUUAUCCGCAGCUGAGCGCUGUCAUUGAGUGCGCUGACUCAGCCCACGGACUCAAAGGCCACAUCCUCUCUGAUGGAGGCUGCAGUUGCCCAGGGGAUGUUGCCAAAGCUUUUGGUGCAGGGGCAGAUUUUGUCAUGCUGGGAGGGAUGCUUGCUGGUCACGAUCAGUGUGCUGGUGACGUCAUUGAGAAGGACGGCAAGAAGUUCAAGCUUUUUUACGGGAUGAGUUCAGACACAGCCAUGAAGAAGUAUGUUGGGGGAGUAGCCGAGUACAGGGCGUCAGAGGGCAGGUCAGUCCAAGUGCCUUACAAGGGCGAUGUGGAAAACACCAUAAGGGACAUCUUGGGCGGCUUGCGGUCCACCUGCACAUACGUAGGAGCUGCCAAACUCAAAGAACUGAGCCGCAGGACGACGUUCAUCAGAGUCACGCAGCAGUCCAGCCAAAUGUUCACCUAGUGCUUGUGCUCUAAACCAAACCCACACAUAUCGGUUUCAAUUCAUGAGUUCCAGUUAUGAUCAAGAGACACAGAACUUGACAAUUCUAAGUGAGCGGCUUAAUUCCACUAUAGAAAAACACAGUCAUACGCAGCAUAUUUUCAAAGGCUUUCCAUUUUUUUGUGCUAUCUGGAUGCAUGUAUCUCUUUAAAUCAUUGACAAAUUCCCUCAAAAACACACACACACACACACACACACAACCGGAUACUAUUUUACUCAGGAACUUUGCUGUAUACCUAUAUGCAUCUCCUACACUACGGCAUGGCAAAAUUGUAUUCAUUUAAUCCCUUUUAAGUUAUUCAAUUCAAUGCUGUACAUGACGGAGGUUGAUUUGAACCGAAACGACAUUAAAUAAGCCAUUAAGACAGCUGACAGGACAAUACCGAUGAGAAUUUAGUCGUUCAUUGUAACUAUGCAACCAUUUCUCUAUGUACCGUGUACUGAUCAGAGGUCAGAUGAGGCAUGUUAGUCGAGUAUUUACACAAAAUAUAUUGAACUUGUCCCUGCGUGUAAUUGCUAUGAGUUGACAUGGUGCGUUGGUUGUGUCCUGUUGGGAACUAUUUCUGCAGGCCUGCUUCCAUUGUGAAUGUACAAUGGGUGUGGUGGGAUGUCCUAUCAGAUCAGAGGAAUGUAAAAUCACUACUGUAACGUGUUCAACAUUAAGCCUUGUGCAGUUUGAUGAGGUAGAAAAUACUGUAUUGAAUCUGUGAAAUGUAAGGAAUAAACAUAUCUAAAU